AUGAGGUCCACAACGUGAUUUGGAGCUUGAUAAUGUGCAUAUUACAGUUAACAAGCUCUGUUUAAACUGUGUUUUGUUGACUUGUCAGCAGACACCUGAUAGGAAUGAACAUUCAUUCCUAGUUAGUUGACUCCCAUAAGGAUUUAUUCAGUGUGCUGUGUAUACAAUAGACAACAAAUGUGUAGUAUUGUCAUCUUCUACAGUGCCUGAACAGAAAAUAAAAUAUAUCUUUACAUAUAACAGUAGUUACAUUUCUGUAAUGAGCUCUGUAGCGUGAGGUCCUCUCUCUGUCUCCUCUGUUACAACUCAAAUGAAGCUUAGAGAUGUUGCUCCGACAAAGCACCCAAUGGAAUUAGACGACACAGUGGUGUCAUCAUAACCUUCACCUCAUUGGCUGCCUCGGUGAACAGAUGUUAUUUGAGGGUCUCUCCUCACCUUAGGCCUUGUUAUUGAAGAGUACACUUACCAACCAUGUGUAUACUGUAGCAACCACAAUGUUUACUUUCUUUGAAACUUUGCUCAUUAGGUUAAUGACUGCUUUGUUUACAGCAGAGUUGAUAGGAAGGGUGCGGCACACAUACUUCUCUCCUGGGUCCUUCUACCUCUCUACUUAGCACUGGUAAUGGACCUCUAGGGAAUGGCUGACCUCAAGAGCCUCAGGUUAUUGUGUCAGCCAUCUGUGAAAGAGUGGCAAUAUUUGACCAACUAUAGUUGGGGUCAACUCAGCUGGAAUGGCUUUGGUCACACUGUACUUUUUCUUUAGGUGGCCCAAAUGUGUUGCAUGAAAUUCACAUUUUGAGAUGGCCAAAACUUUGUUCUGACUCAAUGGGACAAGUUGGGGGAAAGUUUAAUCAACUUAAAAGUAUGUGUUAAGGAAAUUCUUCAUGAGACAAGUUGCUCACCUAUGUAUUCUUUUGUUGACAGAUUGCGGUUUUAAAUGAUUUAUUUAGUUUGAGACAAGUAAAUAAAUGUUGUACAUAUCAAAUGAAUGGACCAGACAGCUCUUUCAAAUCUAUCAACACUAACCAUCAGAGUGACUAUCAUAAAUCAUGUUUUCUUUUGUCUGUUUCCAGCUAUGGCUUCCUCCUGCAUUCUCCUGUCUGAAGUGCAGUUCCAGUGUUCUACGGUAUCUGUCUGGAUGUGUUCACUGAGCCAGUGUCCAUCCCAUGUGGACACAACUACUGCAAGGCCUUUAUCAAAGGAUGUUGGGAUAGCACUGACCUGUACCAGUGUCCAAUGUGUAAAAAGACACUGGCGUCUUUCAAAAAACACAAGAUCAGGAGAACUUGGAAGACAGCAUGAGAGACCCCUGGAGCUGUUCUGUAGAAGAGACCAGACAUGUGUGUGUCAGUUCUGCAGUGAGACAGACCACAAGACGCAACACUGUCCCUAUAGAGGAAGAGUAUGGGAAGAGGAAGGCUCAGAUGAGGAAGACUAAGGGUAAAGUUCAGAAGAUGAUCCAGGAGAAACUUCAGAAGGUUAAGCAGAUCGCACAUGCAGUAGAACUCAGCAAGAGAGAUGCAGAGAGAAAGAUGGCAGACAGGGUGCAGAUCUUCACUGCUCUGUUGUACUCCAUUGAGAAUAGCCAGGCUCAGCUCAUUGUGGAGAUUGAGAAGAAACUUAAAGCAGACGUAAAGGCGGGCUGAAGGUUGCAUUGAAGAGCUGGAGCAGGAUGUCACUGAGCCACAGAGUAGAUGCAAAUGUUGAGGACCCUCUACUCCUCCUCCAGAGCUCCCCCAUCUAUCUGCACCCUUCAAAUGUUAUUUGACACAUGCUUCUUACAAAACAGGUGUAGACUAUCAGUGAAAUGGUUACUUACGGGGCCCUUCCCAGCAAUGCAGAGAGAAACAUCAAAAAAAUAAUAGGAAAAAUAAAUAAUAACACAAGGAAUAAAUCCACAAGGAGUAAUGAUAACUUGGCUAUAUACUGUACACGGGGUGCCAGUACCGAGUCGAUAUGCAAUUGGGUACGAGGCAAUUGAGGUAGAUACAGUGCCUUCGGAAAGUAUUCCUACCCCUUGACUUUUUCCACAUUUUGUUACUUUACAGCUUUAUUCUAAAGUGGAUUCAAUUGUUUUUUCUCUCUCAUUAAUCUACACACAAUACCCCACGAUGACAAAGCAAAAACUGGUUUCUAGAAAUGUUUGCAAAAAAAACAAAAAAACAACUGAAAUUAUUUGGAAGGGUACACACCUGUCUAUAUAAGGUCCCACAGUUGACAGUGCAUGUCAGAGCAAAAACCAAGCCAUGAGGUCGAAGGAAUUGUCCGUAUAGCUCCGAGACAGGAUUUUGUUGAGGCACAGAUCUGGGGAAGGGUACAAAAAAAUGUCUGCAGCAUUGUAGGUCCCCAAGAACACAGUGGCCUCCAUCAUUCUUAAAUGGAAGAGGUUUGGAACCACCACGACUCUUCCUAGAGCUGUCCACCCGGCCAAACUGAGCAAUCAGGGGAGAAGGACCUUGGUCAGGGAGGUGAAUGGUCAAUGGUCACUCUGACAGAGCUCCAGAAUUCCUCUGUGGAAUUUCUCUGCAGCACUCCACCAAUCAGGCCUUUAUGGUAGAGAGGCCAGACGGAAGCCACUCCUCAGUAAAAGGCACAUGACAGCCCGCUUGGAGUUUGCCAAAAGGCACCUAAAGGACUCUCAGAUCAUGAGAAACAAGAUUCUCUGGUCUCAUGAAACCAAUUUAAGUCUUUGGCCUGAAUGCCAAUUGUCACAUCUGGAGGAAAUCUGGCACCAUCCCUACGGUGAAGCAUGGUGGUGGCAGCAUCAUGCUGUGGGGAUGUUUUUCAGCGGCAGGGAUUGGGAGGCUAGUCAGGAUCAAGGGAAAGACGAACGGAGCAAAGUACAGAGAGAUCCUUGAUGAAAACCUACUCCAGAGCACUCAGGACCUCAGACUGGGGCAAAGGUUCACCUUCUAACAGGACAACGACCCUAAGCACACAGCCAAGACAAUGCAGGAGUGGCUUCGGGACAAGUCUCUGAAUGUCCUUGAGUGGCCCAGUCAGAACCCGGACUCAAACCCGAUCUAACAUCUCUAGAGAGACCUGAAAAUCGCUGUGCAGCGUCGCUCCCCAUCCAACUUGACAGAGCUUGAGAGGAUCUGCAGAGAAGAAUGGGAGAAACUCCCCAAGUACAGGUGUGCCAAGCUUGUAGCGUCAUACCCAAGAAGACUUGAGGCUGUAAUCGCUGCCAAAGGUGCUUCAACAAAGUACUGAGUAAAGGGUCUGAAUACUUAUGUAAAUGUAAUAUUAAAGUUUUUAUUUAUUUAUACAUUUGCACACAAAAAAUAAAACCUGUCUUUGCUCUGUCAUUAUAGGGUAUUGUGUGUAGAUUGAUGAGGGGAACAAAACAAUUGAAUCCAUUUUAGAAUAAGGCUGUAACAUAACAAAAUGUGGAAAAGGUCAAGGUGUCUAAAUACUUUCCGAAUGUACUGUAUCCUUUUAGAAUGUGGAGGCCAGGUCCCAAAUCUACUCAUUCACUGGCUGCACCUUCACUGAGAUACUCUACCUAGUACUCUCUUCACCCUAUGAUUCUUCUAACACAGCUCCACACAUCAUUACAUUUACAUUUACAUUUUAGUCAUUUAGCAGACGCUCUUAUCCAGAGCGACUUACAGUUAGAGAGUGCAUACAUUAUUUAAUUUUUUUAUCUCUUCCAUUAAGUAUUUCUGAGUUUAGUGAACAGGGAAUUCAGUAACACAGAAACAAAGAACAUGCACAAUAUCAAUGUGUAUUUUAUAUUCUGAAUAAGUUAGUAUGUUAUCAGUUGAUUAGAUUGUAUAAUUAAGCAAUAAGGCCCUGGGGGGGGGGGGGGGGGGGGGGGGGGGUGCUAUAUGGCCAAUAUACCACGGCUAAGGGCUGUUUUUACGCACGACGCAACGCAGAGUGACUGGAUACAGCCCUCAGCCGUGGUAUAUUGGCCAUGUACCACAAACCCCCAAGGUGCCUUAUUGCUAUUAUAAACUGGUUACCAAUGUCAUUAGAACAGCUCAAAUAUUUGAAGAACAUCUUUCUGAUGUCGAAACACUUUUUUUUCUAUUUCGUGAUUAAUGACUUCUUAUACAGACCUCUUAAUCUUUGUCACACUUUCUUAAGAGUGUAUCUGAUUCUAAACACACACUAACACACAGCACAGAAAGGUAGAGUUUGAGUUAUAGUGAUAUUGAUAGUGACCAAUCAGAAAUCUGCCAGAGGAUGCUCCUAAACCAUUAACCAUAUUAACAGGUACAACAAUCUCACUAACGGUGAGAACAAAUCCACAUACAGUACCUUCAGAAACAUUUCUACAUUUUGUUGUGUUACAGCCUGAAUUUAAAAUGUAUUACUUUUUUUUAUGUUACUGGCCUACACAGAAUACCCCAUAAUGUCAAAGUGGAAUUAUGUUUAAGACAUUUUGACAAAUUAAUUAAAAAUAAAAAGCUUAAAUGUCUUGAGUCAAUAAGUAUUCAACACCUUUGUUAUGGCAAGUCUAAAUAGGUUCAGGAGUAAUAAUACGCUUAACAAGUCACAUAAUAAGUUGCAUAGACUCACUCCGUGUGCAAUAAUAGUGUUUAGCAUGAUUUUUGAAUGACUACCUCAUCUCUGUACCCCACAAAGACCAGGUAGAUUUUCCAAUGCCUCGCAAAGAAGUGCACCUAUUGGUAGAUGGGAAAAAUAUAAAAAAGCAGACAUUGAAUAUCCCUUUGAGCAUGCUGAAGUUAUUGAUUAGACCCUGGAUGGUGUAUCAAUACACCCAGUCAUUACAAAGAUACAGGCGUCCUUCCUAACACAGUUGCCGGAGAGGAAGGAAACCACUCAGGGAUUUCAUCAUGAGACCAAUGGUAACUUUAAAACAGUUACAGAGUUUAACGGCUGUGACAGGAGAAAACUGAGGAUGGAUCAACAACAUUGUAGUUACUCCACAAUACUAACCUAAUUGACAAGAAGGAAGCAUGUACAGAGUAAAAAUAUUCCAAAACAUGCAUCCUGUUUGCAACAAGGCACUAAAGGAAUACUGCAAGAAAUGUUGGGCAAAUCCAAUACAACACAUUACUGAGUACAACUCUUCAUAUUUUCAAGCAUAGUGGUGGCUCCAUCAUGUUAUGGGUAUGCUAACGACUGGGACAUUUUUCAGGAUAAAAAAGAAACUAAAUGGAGCUAAGCACAGGCAAAAUCCUAGAGGAAAACCUGGUUCAGUGUGCUUUCCACCAGACAUUGGGAGAUUAAUUCACCUUUCAGCAGGACAAUAACCUAAAACACAAGGCCAAAUCUACAAUGGAGUUGCUUACCAAGAAGACAGUCAAAGUUCCUGAGUGACUGAGUUUUAGUUUUGACUUAAAUCUACUUGAAAACCUAUGGCAAGAUCUGAAAAUGGUUGUCUAGCAAUGAUCAACAACCAAUUUAACAGAGCUUGAAGAAUUUUUAAAUGAAUAAUGGGCAAAUUAUGCACAAUCCAAUGUUGCACAAACUCACAGCUGUAAUUGCUGCCAACGAUGCUUCUACAAAGUAGUGACUCAGGGGUGUGAAUACUUACUGUAUGUAAAUUAGAUAUUUCUGUAUUUAAUUUUCAAUAUAUUUGCAAAAAAUUCUAAAAACAUGUUUUUACUUUGUCAUUAUGGGGUAUUGUGUGUAGUUGGGUUAGAAAAAAAUCAAGGUAAUCCAUUAUGAAUUCAGGCUGUAAUACAACAACAUCUGGAUAAGGGGUAUUAAUACUUUCUGAAGGCACUAUACAUUGUUGCUACAUCUGGUUUAAUGCAUUAUACUUCAGCCUCUGAAAUAUAUGUUUGUCACGGAUUCAGCCGAGGCUGCUCCUCCUCCUUGCUCGGGCAGGCUUUGGCGUUCGUCGUCGCCGGAGUACUAGCUGCUACCGAUCUAUGUUUCCGUGUUCUACUUGUCUUGUCUUUAUUGUUCACACCUGGUUCCCAUUAUGUAUUGUUACUUCCCUAUUUAACCCUCUGGAUACCACUGUAUUUUGUUCAUGUUUGGUUGUCGUCUGGUGAUCGGGUUUGUUUCCUCCCUGCGUGGAGGUUAUGUUAUUUAUGUUACCUACGAGUAAAGUACGUUUUCGAUUAGCUCUGUGUCCUGCGCCUGACUUCGUCCUACCGCAUCACACUGACCGCCUGACAAUUUUUUGGUUGUAAACCAGUCCCUGACAAGUAAAUGUAAUAAAAUAAAGUAAAAUACAACUUGCUGAAAGGCACACUGGGAAAUACAGUGGGGAGAACAAGUGUUUGACACACUGCCGAUUUUGCAGGUUUUCCUACUUACAAAGCAUGUAGAGGUCUGUAAUUUUUAUCAUAGGUACACUUCAACUGUGAGAGAUGGAAUCUAAAACAAAAAUCCAGAAAAUCACAUUGUAUGAUUUUUAAGUAAUUAAUUUGCAUUUUAUUGCAUGACAUAAGUAUUUGAUACAUCAGAAAAGCAGAACUUAAUAUUUGGUACAGAAACCUUUAUUUGCAAUUACAGAGAUCAUACGUUUCCUGUAGGUCUUGACCAGGUUUGCACAAUCUGCAGCAGGGAUUUUGGCCCACUCCUCCAUACAGACCUUCUCCAGAUCCUUCAGAUUUCGGGGCUGUCGCUGGGCAAUACGGACUUUCAGCUCCCUCCAAAGAUGUUCUAUUGGGUUCAGGUCUGGAGACUGGCUAGGCCACUCCAGGACCUUGAGAUGCUUCUUACGGAGCCACUCCUUAGUUGCCCUGGCUUUGUGUUUCGGGUCGUUGUCAUGCUGGAAGACCCAGCCACGACCCAUCUUCAAUGCUCUUACUGAGGGAAGGAGGUUGUUGGCCAAGAUCUCGCGAUACAUGGCCCCAUCCAUCCUCCCCUCAAUACGGUGCAGUCGUCCUGUCCCCUUUGCAGAAAAGUAUCCCCAAAGAAUGAUGUUUCCACCUCCAUGCUUCACGGUUGGGAUGUUGUUCUUGGGGUUGUACUCAUCCUUCUUCUUCCUCCAAACACGGCGAGUGGAGUUUAGACCAAAAAGCUAUUUUUUUGUCUCAUCAGACCACAUGACCUUCUCCCAUUCCUCCUCUGGAUCAUCCAGAUGGUCAUUGGCAAACUUCAGACGGGCCUGGACAUGCGCUGGCUUGAGCAGGGGGACCUUGCGUGCGCUGCAGGAUUUUAAUCCAUGACGGCGUAGUGUGUUACUAAUGGUUUUCUUUGAGACUGUGGUCCCAGCUCUUUUCAGGUCAUUGACCUGGUCCUGCCAUGUAGUUCUGGGCUGAUACCUCACCUUCCUCAUGAUCAUUGAUGCCCCACAAGGUGAGAUCUUGCAUGGAGCCCCAGACCGAGGGUGAUUGACCGUCAUCUUGAACUUCUUCCAUUUUCUAAAAAUUGCGCCAACAGUUGUUGCCUUCUCACCAAGCUGCUUGCCUAUUGUCCUGUAGCCCAUCCCAGCCUUGUGCAGGUCUACAAUUUUAUCCCUGAUGUCCUUACACAGCUCUCUGGUCUUGGCCAUUGUGGAGAGGUUGGAGUCUGUUUGAUUGAGUGUGUGGACAGCUGUCUUUUAUACAGGUAAUGAGUUCAAACAGGUGCAGUUAAUACCGGUAAUGAGUGGAGAACAGGAGGGCUUCUUAAAGAAAAACGAACAGGUCUGUGAGAGCCGGUAUUCUUACUGGUUGGUAGGUGAUCAAAUAAUUAUGUCAUGCAAUAAAAUGCAAAUUAAUUACUUAAAAAUCAUACAAUGUGAUUUUCUGGAUUUUUGUUUUAGAUUCCGUCUCUCACAGUUGAAGUGUACCUAUGAUAAAAAUUACAGACCUCUACAUGCUUUGUAAGUAGGAAAACCUGCAAAAUCGGCAGUGUAUCAAAUACUUGUUCUCCCCACUGUAUGUUAUGGAGAACAUAUCUAUUUUAAGCCAACACAGUAUUUGAAGUUGUGGGUCUCAGCCAUCUAAACUGGUUGUUUGAUCAAUUUAUAAAUACAUUUUACAUUGAGCAAACUCGCUUCCAAUGGUCAAGGAUAGGGUAUGGGUUUAGAAGACAGGUCAAGAUAAGGCAGGGGUUAGGGUUUUGACAUUUUCUUGCAAGGAGGCCAGAGCAAGAGUUACAAAAGGCAAAUGGGAAGAGCUAAAGGCGCAGUUGGCGUUUAUUGUCAUGAAUCUUUCCCUUGAGGCAAAACUAAGCGGUUUCCGCUAGAUUAUCCUUAGUUGUUGUUGUCAUAAUUAAACAGAGAGGCUAAUGAGUGUAAACAUUAUAGUCAAAAGAGAUCAUUAGGCCCUGAUAUGAUAAAAUAAGAUGCCGAUAAUUAAGUCCUCAUCUAUUAACAACAUUACCUUUAAUGAGUUGUUAAUAUAUAAAUAUGUACUUGUUUUCUCACUUUAAUUAAAUCCAAAUGAAAAUUAUAUUCUUUACCACAACUCUUUAUAAUGGUGGAUUUGUCUAAUUGUCCUUCAGUUCACACACAGACUGCUUAUAAAACGUUGUUAAAAGCAGAGGUACAAUUGGUGUUUGGUGUUAUCGAUGUUGGUACAGUGGGUGUUCAGUAUUAUUGAUGUUGGUACAGUGGGUGUUCAGUAUUAUUGAUGUUGGUACAGUGGGUGUUCAGUAUUAUUGAUGUUGGUACAGUGGGUGUUCAGUAUUAUCGAUGUUGGUACAGUGGGUGUUCAGUAUUAUCGAUGUUGGUACAGUGGGUGUUCAGUAUUAUCGAUGUUGGUACAGUGGGUGUUCAGUAUCAUUGAUGUUGGUACAGUGGGUGUUCAGUAUUAUUGAUGUUGGUACAGUGGGUGUUCAGUAUUAUUGAUGUUGGUACAGUGGGUGUUCAGUAUUAUUGUAAAUUAUCGUCAGGGAGGUAUAAAAUGACCAGGAAAGUUGUUUAGUUUGAGAUGGUCUUGCCUUGGUCAAUGUUUGGUUUACAACUUAAUUUUGUAUCUUCGGAUAACUUAUGGAUUUUAUAUAAAUUUUCCAUUUCAGUAAUCUGUAUGUUUUCUCCUCCAGACACACAGAGGCUCAAAUGGGUUUUUCUGUGCGCCUUUACAAUGGAACGGAAUCAUCAGAUGAUGGAUUCUACAUCACAGCCUUCCACACAAUGGGCAAUAAGAACUACCUUAUCCUAGCUCUAUCUAUAAUAUACAUCAUCACUCUAAUGGGUAACUUUGAUCUGUUAGCAGUCUUCAUUAUGAACCCAAGCCUUCAAAAUCCAAAAUAUGUUGCAGUGUGCAAUUUAGCCGUGGUGGACAUCUCUUUGAACAGUGUUGUCAUCCCCCAGAUGGUGCCCGUGUUUGUGUUCAAUCUUAACUACGUCUCCUUUGGGACGUGUUUAUCUCAGAUGUUCUUCAUGCAUUUAUUUGGUGACAUGGAGUCCUUCUCCCUUGCUCUCCUAGCGGAUGACCGUGUGAUAGCCAUCUGUUUCCCUCUGCGUUACCUCACUAUCAACACCAACCUGAGGAUGCUGCUCAUCCUGGUAGGGAUCUGGACCCUGGCCUUCCUCCUGGAGGUCUACCCUGUCGCCCUGGCCUCUAGGCUGUCUUACUGUGCCUCCGGGGUGGUGCAGAGCUGCUGCUGUGAGCACGGCCCUGUACACAGACUGGCCUGCUCUGACAUCUCUUUCAACAGGAAACUAGCGACAGCGAAAACUCUGGCUGUUCUUCAUCAUCUUCACCUGUGGUGGCGGUGAUGAAGAUCGCCUCGACCACCCAGCGGGGCAAAGCCUUCCACACCUGUCUCACCCACCUGCUGCUGGUCCUGGUGUACUACCUCCCUGUCAUCGUGGCCUACGUCCUAGGUAAACACAGGGAUGACUGUACACUUCAAAAUCAAAUCGAAUGUAUUCGUCACAUUCACAGUUUACAGCAGGCAUAAAAGGUUUAGUGAAAUGCUCAUGCGUUUAUCACCACACCUUUUAUCCCUGCUGUAAACUGCAUGCUCCCUAAGUGUAGGUCAGGAAUAAAGGAGGACUCUGACACAUUUGCCCCAAGUGUGUAUAUAUUGUACUGUAGAAACUGUCAUUCAAAAUAGCAGUCACACAUUACAUUUUAGUCAUUUAGCAGACACUCUUAUCCAGUGCGACUUACAUGAGCAACUAGGGUUAAAUGCCUUGCUCAAGUGCACAUAAACAGAUUUUUCAACUAGUCGGUUCGGGUAUUCAAACCAGCAACCUUUCGGUUACUGGCCCAACACUCUUAACCACUAGGCACAUCUGAGUUAACCCGUUGCAGGUGCGUGGGAAUAAUGCAAUAAAGAAAAGGUAACAGACUCGGGAGCAUACAGCAUUUCGCAGUGCACAAUUUCCUUCUUAUUUUUGCAGAAUAUGAUCAUUUACUGUUAAUAUUAUCAAUCAUCGUCUCAAAGCCACUGGAUGUGUGUAUGUUUGUCCCUUCCCUCCUAGGUAACCUGCGCGUGGUGCAGUCCUCAGACCUCCUCACUGUGUCUGUUACCCUGCCACCCAUGCUCAACCCUAUCAUCCACAGCCUAAAGACAGAGGAACUGCGGGAGAAAAAAAUUUGUAAAGACAAAAGUUACUCCUCACAAAUGAGGAGAGUUGUUGAUCUUAUGUUUUCAGAUCUUUAG